AUGUCAAUCUACGACUGUUUGAGUACGGCCCUCACAACUGGCAACAUAAAUUAUGCCUGGUGGGUCGACCGUCACGGCGAACCUCAGUACUACUGGGACGGGUCAAAAGCAGGACAACACAUAUGCAACUGCGGUAUCGUUGGCAACUGCAGUGACUUCAACCUCCCUUGCAAUUGCGAUGCGGAAUUCCCCCAAUGGGUAUCAGACUCAGGAGCGAUAACGAAUGAAACAGCAUUACCCAUAACUAAGUUGCGUUUCGGGGGACAACAAUUUGAGGCUCAGAAAGCGAAUUACACAUUGGGUGGAUUGGCUUGCAAGGGCAAGACUCCGCCCCCGGACAAUCCAGCAGAAUCCUGUUCAUCUCUUCGCCUAGCUGGAAACACUCAUCCUGGUUAUUACUUGAUCAACCCAAAGAAAGGUCGCUUGGAUGUUGUUAUGUGUAGGAUGGAUUUGGAGGAGACCGACCCAAAGUUUCAGCUGGAGACCAGUGCCCGUAUUGCAGGGGCGGGUUUUCUCCAUGGCAAGAUUACGCCUCUGGAAUAUCCAACACAAUCCUGUUCAUCUCUUCGCCAAGCUGGCAACGCUCAUCCUGGUUACUACCUAAUCAGCACCAAGAACCGCUUGAAUGUUGUUAUGUGUAGGAUGGAUUUGGAGGAGACCGACCCGAAGUUUCAGGUGGAAACUGGUGCCUAUAUUGCAGACCUUUAUCACUUGACCCACCCUCGGGGGCUACCACUCCAGGGCGUCGGAGCUGUUGCUUGCGGGUUUGAAGCAGAAACUCACUAUGUCGCGAGAGCACCACAUGGAGAUGAUGUCCUACCUGGGAAGUUGGUUCCCUCCCACCGUACCACCUAUGUUUCGUAUGGGGGAAAGGAAUAUGCCAAGAGUCAUUAUCAAGUUCUUGUGAGUGAUGAGCAAGAGAAGUUAGUCUGGCUUCCGGGAUCCAAUGGGUCAAUCCCUUCUGGGGCCUUGCAGGGUGGAAUUAACGAAUGGAGUGAGCCAGUGUACAUUGGGAGAAGCACUUGUCUUCUUAAAGCAAGAAAGGGAGAUGAAACAAAGCUACGAAAGACAAAACGUGUGGAAAAAAAACCUGUCCUGUGUAGCUCUCAGAAGUUUGAUCCAUGA